UUCUCUGUGCUUUUUGUUUGGGUUCUGUCCAAGACUGAGCAUGAACAAGCCAAAAAUUGUCAGACCUGAGGUGUGUCAGCCGGCACCAGCGCUGUGGUUUGACAGAAAGAAAUACGUCACCAUCAACUUUGGGGUCCAGAGACCGAAAGAUGUGCAGGUGGAUAUCCAGCAAGAAAAGAUGAUUUUAUGCUGUAAAAAUGAAGACGAUGAUGUGUUCUACAAUGAACUAUACUUUUAUGACAAAGUUUUUAUCAAUGACUCCAGAGAGAGGGUCUACGACCGCACCAUCAACAUCUUACUGAGGAAGGUCAAGCCAGAUUGCGCGUGGCCUCGUCUCCAGAAAGAUCCAUCAAAGCCUAGCUGGAUUUCUGUGGACUUCGAUAACUGGAGGGACUGGGAGGGCGAGGAAAACGAGGGAAAGGAAGAGUAUGAUCACUACGUGGAUAUGAUUCAAGAAAUGGCCUCCAGUAAUAAAGGAGCAGCGCCGGCGAUGGACGAUCUCACUGAUUCUGACUGAGUGUUACACUUGUUGGAUCCUGGUCUGGUUUUCAGGACAUUUCAAAUCUAAUAAGAAUCAGGAUACAUGAGGCAAUAUUAUGUCUUCUAAAGUUUGCGAUAUUUGCUGAUGAUUUGAUGCUGAUUUGCCUAACUUACCCUGAAGCUGUUUUUACACUUGUGACAUAUACUAUGGCAUUAUUUAUUGACAUAUUAUGCUUAAUUGUAUUUUUUAAAAUCUUAACAUCUUGAUUCAAUUGGUGUCCAAGUAAAACAAAAGCUUUGUACUAGAUUUUGUAGUUAAUGAAUUGUCUUAUUUGUAUAAUAAUGUUGUGCCGUAAUGACAGGAAACAUUUGUAAAAUAUAUGAAGACAACAAAUGUUCUUCUCAAUAAGUGCCCAUACUUUAAAAUUGAUUAUUAACAAAAUAUAAUUUACCUGAAAGGAAGUUUGACUAAUGUCAAAAUUUGUCUGCCACACACCGUGUGGGUGUGUCAGACUGACUCAGUGGGCGUGUCUCACACAGCAGGUGAGGACAUACAUAAGCAUGUCAAACUAUAUGCAACUCUUAAAGGUAAUUUAACACAAAGAAUUUGGCACAGUAUGACUCCUUUAUUGGCUAAAAGUUGCAAUCGGAUGUUGACCACUUUCUAUUUUUCAAAAAUCAAUUUUGAUUUAUUGAUAAUAAAGAUUUUACACAUGAGUACACAUUAGAUCAGUUUGAUUUUAUCUGUGUCUUGUAGGGUGGCAAAAAACCCUAGAAACUUCAAAAUUAUUCACAUUUGAGAAGCUGAAAAAAAAAUUUCAAAAUGAUUAACCGUUUAAGAAAAUAGUUGGCAAUUAAUUUAGCAGUUGACCGUAAUCAUUAAUGAAUGAAUUAAUUGUUCCAGCUGUAGUAUCUUAUAUAAGGAUGGAAAAUUGAUAAUUUAUUGAUAUCAAUGUCAUUAUUAAUUCUGCUUAUCGGUCCUGUUCCCUUAUGGAUGCCUGAUGUUUUCUCUGUGGGCCUAUACAGAUGUUCAGAGUCAUUACAGCUGUUUUCUUUCUUGCUAGAUGCAGGGUUUGACAUCAUGACAUCAGACAUGGCCUCAAACAUAUUUUUUUUUUGCAAAGUGAAACUGUCAAAAAAAAAAAAAAAAACAACCCCUGUUGGCAUUAAUAAGAGGAACUGUUAAUGUCUGAGGUAAUAAUUCCAUUGGAUUAAAAAAUCUGGAAGCAACUCUCAGCUAGAACUGGAUCUGGGUUCCCAUACCAACUGACACAAGGGUUAGUGUGGAUGUUGUGUUAUUAAGAAUGAUUCAUAUCAUCAUUACACUCAGUUAAUAACAGGUGAUGGCUAAGAUCUUAACUGCAUCAUUCAGAUUCACUCGGGCCAUUGCAGUUUGAGGUUGACCUUUGACCUUUUGACCACAAAAUCAUAGCCACAAGUAAUUG